UCUCACAAUGUGAGGAUGAUAUUGCAUCUAAAUUAUUCGGCGAUCUUUCAGAUGGAAAAGAGAUUAAUAGUUUUGCUUCUUCUUUAUGGGAAGUAUCAAUCUCUAAGCCUAAUGCUUGUAUUCAACCGCAAGAACGUCGACAACCUCCACAAAGGCGGGCAGUCAAUGCAACGGGUGACCCAUACCCAACUAUGGUCAUAGAAAUUGGUAGCACAGAAAGCCUAAACAGUUUGCAUGAGCUGGCAACAGGAUAUUUUUCUCCACGCACCAAUAUUCAAAUGUAUCUGGCCAUCAAGCUCUUUCCCCGUCGUCUGGAUCGGACCUUUGCAUUGCUCGCAUUGUUUUACAGACGUGACCAACCGAAUCCAACUGUACCUUGUAUCGCAAAGUCCUUUGGGACUGCAAAUCUUCAUAUCUCCACAACAAGGUUUCUUUUGAAUAUUCCGAAUUUUCCGGCUAACAGUCUUACUGGCGUCGGAUGUGGACAAGUUGCUUGCGAUGGUCCUAAUUUGCCGGACUAUCAACUCGCUAUUCCUACCAACUUACUUUUUGACGAUGUUCCUACUGGCGUACCAAAUGGAACACCUAAUGAUUUCUUCAUAGAUUUAUGGGAUAUACAACGUGCAUAUAGUCGUGCAUUACGAAGAUGA